AUGACGACAUUACGAGCGGGACCCAAUGUGAAAUUGGCGAAAAUUUUCUAUAAAUAUGCAGAUAGAACUGAACAAGUUGAGCAUUCCACUGAGGAAAAAUCUGUUGAGAGAGUAGAGAUAACGGAUAAAGAAACUGUUCUAAAGGAAACCGUGAGCGAUGUAAAUGAAGCCUACCCUCCAUACAACUUUUCAUGGUUUAUCGAAGGGAAGAUUGCGGCUAUGGGCUGGCCACAGACAGUCGCCAAUCUGAAUUAUCUAGCCGAUUUAGGAAUAAACCAUAUAAUAACGCUAUCUCCUGAAAGAAUUCCACCAAUUUUACAAUGUGACAGGAAAAUGAAAUGGACAGAGAUAAGGAUUAAAGAAUUUGGGGCGCCAUCUUUAAAACAGAUAAUAAAAUUUAUUGAGAUCUGUAAAAGAGCGGAGAUGAUGGGUGAGGUGGUAGGCGUGCACUGCCGACAUGGGCGUGGAAGGACAGGAACAAUGCUGGCGUGUUACUUGGUUUUCUUCCAGAAUAUGGCACCGGAGCGUGCUGUUCUUACUACUAGACUGCGAAGACCAGGAUCAUGCGAGACAUACGAACAAGAGAAAAUCGUUUGCUACUAUAACGAUUGUCUUCGUGGAACAAUCACUAAGCCCGACUACCGUCUAGUCGAUGAUAAACUGUACUUUGAUUACACUAUGAAGUAUACAUAUGAUCGUGACUCUGAAGAAGAAAUUAUAGAUGACGAAGAACAGGAAAUAAAGGAUUCUAAAACGUUGAAAGACAGAGUGGAUGACGCCAUCUUAAAAGCAAAGCCCAAAACUAAUGCCAUGGUUAUAAAUCAUAAGAUUUAUUUUUGA